CUCUUCUCUCUAUCAAUUAUUUUUAUUGUUUAUCAAUUUAAUUAGUUUCCAUAGAUGGAACUUGAACAUGUAAUACCUACCUCUUCAUUGUUGCAUCUACUCUUCAAGAAUGAUGCCUCUUUUGGUUCUUCUCUUAUUCUUCCACUCAUGGUCAUCAUGAUCAUGAUCAUGAUCAUCACAAUCAUAAUAAUUGUUUCCUUUGGAUCCCCUUUCAAAAUAGUUAUCAAGAAAAAAAACAAGAAUAACAUCUUUUGCAAUUGUGAAACUUGCCAAGCCUAUCUCACUUCAAGUUGGUCCAAAGAUUUUGAAAAUCUUUGUGAUUGGCACUCUCAUCUUCUCAAGAACUCACCAACAAGAACCAUCCACAUACAUGUUCUUAGGAACACCAUAACCGCGAAUUCGGACAACGUUGAGUACAUGCUCAAGACAAGGUUUGAGAAUUACCCUAAAGGGAAAGCCUUCUCAAUGAUCUUGGGUGAUUUCUUAGGUAAAGGAAUCUUCAAUGUUGAUGGUGAAUUAUGGAGGUUCCAAAAGAAGAUGGCAAGCAUGGAGCUCAACAAAGUUUCCAUAAAAUCCUUUGCCUUUGAGAUUGUCAACUAUGAAAUCCAACAAAGACUUGUCCCUCUUUUAUUAUCCUCGAGAAAAUAUCAAGUCGAUUUGCAAGAUGUAUUCAGAAGAUUCUCCUUCGAUAGCAUAUGUAGAUUUUCGUUCGGGUUAGACCCUAAAUGUUUAGAACAAUCUUUGCCCAUGUCUGAUUUCGCCUUGUCUUUUGAUAAGGCGUCUAGACUGUCGGCCGAGAGGGCGAUGGCUGUGUCGCCUUUCAUAUGGAAGGUGAAGAGACUCUUCAACAUGGGAAGUGAGAGGGAGCUAAGAGAAUCUCUUGGAGUGAUAAACAUGUUGGCAAAAGAGGUCAUAAAUCAAAAAAGGAAAAUGGGGUUUUCCGAACACAAGGAUUUGUUGUCAAGAUUCAUGAGCAAUGUUGAAGAUGAGACAUGUUUGAGAGACAUUGUAAUAAGUUUCUUAUUGGCUGGUCGUGACACCGUGGCUUCUGCCCUCACAAGCUUCUUUUGGUUGCUUGCAAAACACCCUCAAGUGGAGUUAGAGAUUCUCCUUGAAGCAGAUAAGGUAAUUGGAGCAAACAAGGAGCUUACAAGCUUUGAACAGCUUCGGAAAUUACACUAUUUGCAAGCAGCAGUGUAUGAGAGUAUGAGAUUGUAUCCACCAGUUCAAUUUGAUUCCAAAUUUUGUGUAGAAGAUGAUGUGUUACCUGAUGGGACAAAAGUCAAGAGUGGAACUAGGGUUACCUACCAUCCCUAUGCGAUGGGAAGAUUGGAAGAGUUAUGGGGCCAAGAUUGCAUGGAGUUUAGGCCUCAAAGGUGGUUAAAGGGUGGUGUUUUCCACCAUGAGAAUCCAUUCAAGUACCCGGUUUUUCAAGCUGGAUUAAGGGUUUGUAUGGGAAAAGAAAUGGCCCUAAUGGAGAUUAAGUGUGUGACACUCCCUUUGAUUAGAAGAUUUCAUUUCCAAUUGGUUCCACCUGUUCUUCAUCAUGCUACCCCAAUAUUCUCUCCUGGCCUCACUGCCACUUUUAGAUGUGGCCUUCCGGUAAUUGUCAAUCAAAGAAAAACCCAAUCUUCUUAGUCACUCAUUUUUUAUGGUAUAUAGUUUAGAAAGAUUUUUUAAGUGUACCGUUAUACCGGUAUUUCAGUAAUUUUUA